AUGAAGCCAAGCCCGAAGAAAUCGUCAUCAAAAGCGAAGCAACGGACGAAAUCGUCUAGUAGCAACAGCAAUAAUAGUCAUAGCACGCAUCAGCAACAUCCCGUGUCUGCAGGAUCUUGCCAUAAUUUCCAACAAACUUUGCAAUCCUUGCAUCCAAAACAAACGGCUCCACACAGCGAUUCAUCUGGAAAUGAUCCCAAAGAGAAGCCAUCCUUCAAAUCGUACGCUGGAUUCAGCACUCGUUCCGUGCGAACUGCUUGGGAGCAGCACGAUAAGCAAGAAACCGAAGUAUCUGCCGAAGUGUACGAAAAGCUGGCUGAAGAUACAACCUAUAAACUAUGGGAGCUUGUUAACAACAUAAAAACCUACAGCCGGCAUUCGAGCGGACGAAUUACAUACGAUCUGGUGAAUGAAGUGUUGAAGGACUCCGAUGUUCCACCAAUCGUUGGUGCUAGCUGCCAACCGUGGGAUAAGAUAGAGUACGAUGGGGCCUACUUCUUCAAUACGGACGAGGUUCUGGACCUUCGCGAGGAGUACAUUAAGGAUGUGACAAUGGAGCAGUGCAAUGUUAGUCUGCUUUCUACCACCUGGAUGGCAGAAACGGAAAUUGCCGAGGAUCUGAUUGGAAUGCAUAAUAACGUCUGCGAUGCUAUCUUUAUAGGCGAUGAGGACUGUUUCAACAUGGCAAUCAAUAUUUUGCGCUGUCAUCACCAUAUACCCUCGCUGAUGAAGCUGCUGCUUACGAAGGCGAUCGAAAUGCUUGGCUUCGAGUACACCGAGGACACUUUGCGUCGUACGUUGGAGUAUCUGGAAGCGUUGGUUGAGAACUACCACGUUGCUCAUUCGGAUCUUACGCUUGAACUAAGCUUGCUCAGUCAAUUAUUCGUCAAUCUGCUGCUUGGACCAGUUGGUUAUGUCCACUCGAAAGUAAUUCCAUCAGCCGCUGAUCUGGUAGGAACACAAACACCUGGCGGCAUGGAAUCGUCUAUUAAUCAGCAACACCAACAGCAAGUGCUGGAAACGAUUUCGCCACUGUUUAAUCAAUCGAUGGCCAUACUGGAGAAUAAUCUGCCUUCUGCAGACGAUUCUAACAAUUCUAACUCGAACGCUACAGAGGAACUUUUGCGAAGCAUCGAAAAUAUUAAACAUGGUGCUGACGGAAUUGACAUCAACAUUAAGGACGAGUACGAGGCUUUGUUUUCGAUGGUCCAAGGAUUAGGCAAACAGGAAGAGGGGCCGGUUGAAUCUGUGACUUCUGGGACGAACAUUGUCGACCAGUUCCAAAGAAAACCCCCGUUUGAUCCAGAUACGUACGAUACGGCCGGGACCGGAAAUUUCAUAGCUCAACAGACGCAACAACAAUCACUACCACAAUCAACACCAGUCGCGACAAUACCAGAUGGAGAGCAUGCAGUUCCUAAUUCUUUGCUUACUAACGAUAUGUUGAACAGUGGUGCGCUUAGAAUAGAAGACAGAACUAAGCAAGAGAUACAUCCACUUCGGCCCACACCGACACUGCUUGAUGUUGAUCCCGAGGAAAACAUUAGCCAGCCCAUGUCCGAGAGCAGCGAUGGAGUAGAGGAGGUUAUCAACCCCAACUCUACAACGCUAGAAAGCGAAAACAUUACCACUCUGAUCUGCGACGAUUACCUGGUUGAGGAUGUGUGUCGUGUUAUUGGACUGUGUGCUGGGAAGUGGGGUUUCGUGGAACAAGAAUGUACCUUUCUGUUGGUCGAGCGCUUACAGCGAUACUUCCAGGAACGUAAAACGGUAUCGAUCGAUAUGAAUUGGUUGUUGCGAGUCCUUCGAGGAUUAUGGGCUGUUGGUGAGUAUGCGUUCCGCGAAUUGCUACCUUACUUCUACCAGAUCGAUAGUCAAACGAUCCCGGAAUCUUUAGUGCCUCACUUCAGUACUGCUGGUAUAUUUCUUAACGGUCGUUCCGAUAUCUUUUUCUAUGAAUAUCUGAGUGAUAUUUGUGGCGAUAGUCUGGAACCGUUUCUAUUUAGUUACGAACAAAUCAUUGAAAAAUUAUAUCGUAAGUACGACCGGCGAAGACUGAAGAUCAUAGCAGCGAAAACAUGCUACAAAGUGGUGGCGAAAGUCGUACUAAAAAUAGUACCGUGUACAAACAGUCGUAUAGAGAGAACGCAUUUAAUGCAUUCGGAUUGCUUUGAAGAACUUCAACCGAAACGUUUAUCACCGUCCUUUAACACUACGCAGGAACCGCGCGCACUAUUUGGAUUCCGAUUUCCCGGCUGCCGUCCAGUGCAGACGAAAAUGGUUCAAAAUUAUACAAAAGGAGUCUCAUCUACGUUGCCAGCAACAUUCAAACAAAACACGGACCUUUUAAAAACAUUCAAAUCGAAAGUGGUGAUCGCACGCAGACGAAUGCUAAAAACGGCAACGAACGAACCGCCAAAAAGGCGCGUAUUCUGCUAUGGUUCCUGCACUAUAUAGAAAAGU